GGAGUCUAAAGUUCCGACGCCAGCCACAUCGCGAGCUACGAAACUUUUCAGAAGCCGCCAAGCCUGAGCUGCUUCUCUCGAACACUAUUCACCGGCGCUAGAUCCACUCCACACGUGCCGCCGCUUAGAAUUUGAGUGCCUUUCUCUGCACCGGAGAAGCCGUAUCGCAUGACGCGAUCGCAAUCAAUAACGCAUAUCGAGAACCAUUCCUUCCAGAUCUGGCGACGUCCGGGAGACGUUUGAUGCGAUAUCACGCGACUCACAUCCACCAACUCGAAUAGGCAAUAUGUCAGACUCGACGCUCUUGAGCGGCCUUUGUAGCAUUUGCAACAUCAACACAUCCAAAUAUCGCUGUCCUGGUUGUGCCGCUCGCACAUGCUCGCUACCAUGCUACAAACGUCAUCAGCAGUGGGCGCAAUGCUCAGGACAGCGCGAUCCAACAAAGUUCGUCAAGAAGUCGCAACUCGUGACGCCAGCCGGUAUCGACCAUGACUUCAACUUUCUCACUGGCAUAGAACGGAAUCUCGAGAAAGCGGAGAGGACCGUGAGUGCCACAGGUAUUGGCGCAGCAUCCGACUAUCAACCAAAGUCAAAAAGCCAGCAAGGCGGAACUCAGUAUGCUCGGCUCGAAGCUGCUGCGGGCGUAAAGAUCAUCAGAGCGCCUAAAGGCUUGAGUAGGCAAAAGGAGAACAAGUCUCAUCCAUCGAGUACAAAGAAGUCCAAAAACAACGUCGUCUGGACGGUUGAGUGGAUUGAUCAUGCAAAGAGGCGGGUGCUCACCGAGACGUCAUCGACAUAUUCAAUAACAAAUGCGGUCCCCUUUGAUCAACAUAAAGGCAAGAAGAGAAAGCUAGACGCUGAAGUCUCUCUGACCACAAACUCAACGCGACUCCAAGAUGUCACGACUACUCCAACGAAUCAGAACAAGCCGCUCAAGCCGCUCGAGCUCCCUCUCGACGUCGACACACAAAAGUCAAAGCGACUCUCUUCCGGACGAAGAACCGCUUCUGUCACUGAAAGAGAAGUAUGCGAAACCACCCAAGGAGAGAUCCAACUGGCAGAACCGCACAAUCCAAACCCUUGCGAUGAUGGGUCAAGCUCCCUUCCCAUUGAUGAUGGGCAGCAUCGGUUGUUACUGUUGAAGCCACGCAACAGUUCGAGCCGCCACGUCCUUAUCCCCCUUGACCCACAACAUACGCUCGCACAAUGUUUACACGGCCGCACAGUCCUCGAGUUCCCGACUAUCUACGCUUUUCCUAGUGCAAUGCAACAAUUAUCAGACGAGUUUAUGCUUGAAGAAGAGUAUCUUAGACAGGAGGGAGAAGAGCAGAAAGAGUUCGAUGAGCUGUUAAGGGAACUUGAUCCUGAGAUAUUACGGAGAUUGAGAGAGGAGCGACCGCAUACUGAAAGGGCGAGAGAAGAAGAGGUGGAUAGUCAGAAGAUACUUGAUGUACUGAAACAGGAUCUUGGAGCGGCAGGGCUCUGAUAGAGGAGCAGUCUUUGCUUUACGCCUUGUUGCACGCCGAACGGUCAUUCAAUAUCAAUGUAUUUUCAUUGUCGCGAGCUCACAUCUUCACCAUAAUAGGUAUUAUCCCACUCACUUAAGAGCGCUAUUAUAUUCGGCCCUCCUCAAUAUAGUCAACGAAGCCACCAUGACAAGGGUCCAGCGAGCCGUUGAUCCUUUCGGACCUUCUCAUCCAUAUCCUUUCC